GCAAUCUUGCUUGUUGAACGACUCGGAGUAUUCCAGUUCCAGCAUUUCCCCCUUUCUAGUUUUCAGAUUUCUUCCGACUCUAGCUGAAUUUUUGGAUUUUGUCACGUAAAACGUGUUAUCGUUUUGUCAAGAUGCAGGUGCCGCCAAUUUUCAUGGAAUUGCCAUUGGAUGAUCAGGCGCAAGAAUUGAGAGUAUAUUUUAAGAGUCUUGGUGCAGAAAUUAGCGAAGAGAAAUCUCCUAAAGGCAUAGAAGAUGAUUUGCACAAGAUUAUUGGGGUGUGUGAGGCAUGUUUCAAAGAAGGAAAUGAAAAUGAAAUAGAAACUGUAUUAAACGACAUUGUUUCUAUUAUGAUUCUGAUACCUACAGAACGUGCUGAAAAUUUAAUUUUGGCAUUCUGUGAGAAACUUGUAAAAGCACCUGGCUACAAGCUCGGAUUGGUUUGCUUAAAAGCUUUAUGGCUCUUAUUUCAAUCUCUUGCUGAUGAUUCUCCAAUGAGAUAUCAUGUUUAUUAUCACUUGGUACAAAUAGCCCGCAAUGUUGAUCAAGUAAAAGCUGUAUAUAGUGGAAUAGAUCAAUUGAAACAACAAUUUGCUUCCUUUCCUCCAUCGAAUGAGCAAAUGCAAAAAUUGCUGCGUUUACUGCAUGAAGUUCUUUUAAGCUGCAAACAGGGAGAGCAAGCAGCAGCCGUCAUGGUAGAACUGUUGGGAACUUACACAGCUGAGAAUGCUUCUGCAGCUAGAGAAGAUGCACAGCGUUGUAUAUUAGCUGCAUUAGCGGAUCCAAAUACAUUUUUGUUAGAUCCGCUUUUAGCUUUGAAACCUGUGAGAUUUUUAGAAGGAGAAUUGAUACACGAUUUACUUCUUGUAUUUGUGCAAGAUAAAUUACCAGCAUAUUUGCAUUUCUAUCAACAUCAUAGAGAAUUUGUAGAGCAUCAACUUGGAUUAAAUCAUGAACAAAACAUGAAGAAGAUGAGGCUGUUGACCUUUAUGCAACUUGCAGAGACAAAUCCAGAAAUGUCUUUUGAUACUAUACAAGAGGAAUUGCAAAUUGAUGAAUCUGAAGUAGAAAGUUUUAUAAUUGAUGUUUUAAAAACCAAACUUGUGAGAGCUCGCAUGGAUCAAGCUGGUCGUAAAGUAUUAAUUUCGAGCACGAUGCAUAGAACGUUUGGUCGUCCGCAAUGGAUGCAACUGCGAGAUUUACUUGUAUCGUGGAAAGCUAAUCUUUCGGCUGUGCAGGAUGGCAUGAAGACCGUAGCCGCUGCACAAAUGGAGCUUGCGGCAAAAAAUAAAGCUACUCUUGCUCACUGACAGUAUCGAAAAAUUCCAUAAGUAUACAUACAUGAUUAUUUAUAAAAAUAACGUAAAUGAUCAAAAGUUGAAAUUUUUUCCAAAAUAUGACAGAAAUUCAUUCAGUUCAGUUGUACGAGGGCGGUUUGAUAAGCAAUAGAAUUUGAAAUGAAAAUGCAAUAUUCAGCGAAACCGAUUUUACUAUCAUAUACCCCCAUCUUUUUAAUGUCUGUUAAAAUUUCAGCCUACUCCAUCCAUUAGUUUUGUGUUGGCAGCCGAUUAAAGUGAACGUCUCAGUCAUUUUCGUAAAUAUGGAAAAAGAACAAUUUUUUCCCUGCGAGCCAUUUUCUCAUGUUGGGAAACAGGAAAAAGUCGCUGGGAGCCAAAUUUGGAGAAUACAGUGGAUGGAGGAGCAGUUUGUACGCCAAUUCGACCAGUUUGGCUCUUUUCCCAUAUCAUUUGCUCUUUUUCCAUAUUUAUGAAAAUGACUGAGACGUUCACUUUAAUUGGCUGCCAACACAAAACUAAUGGACGGAGUAGGCUGAAAUUUUAACAGGCGUUGUUAGAAAAAUGGGGGUAUAUGAUGGUAAAACUGAUUACACUGAAUAUUGUGUUUUCAUUUCAAAUCCUACUACUUAUCAGACCAUUCUCGUAAAAGAAAUGUAGAACUAAAAAUAAAUGGUAAUAAUUAUAUCACGAUAUUACGUCUGUAUAAUGCAAAGCUGUUAAAUAGAAAAUUUUUACAUAAUUUUGAACAUACAUUUAUACAUAUACUUUAUAUAUAAAAGCAAAGUAUGUUAAUCAUCUCAUCCCUCUGUGUCAAAUUGUGUCAUAAAAUAAACAGUGAUUUAAAUUUCUCAUAAUAAAGUAUGUACAUUAAAA